AGUUCGGAGCCUCGGCGAUUGGAGCAGAAGGGGUGGCGAGCGCUCGGGAGCGGCUUCUUUUCCUUGUCGAUUUCGCUGAGAAGGGAUGGCGGUGCCCGGCGCGUCAGGGAGGAUGCUGCCGCUGUCGCGGGAGCGCCUCUCUGUAGGACUGACCCUGCUGGUCCUCCAACUCCUCUUUGCUGAGCUGCCGUGCCCGGCUGGAGCCAGCCAGCUCUCCAAGUGGGAAGUGCCGCUGCCCAUGAAGACAUAUUUUCAUUUUGGAAAAAUUCUCUUUAGCAACACUACUAUUUCCCUAAAGUUUAGUGGCAAUGAAAGCGCCUGUGAUCCUUCUCAAAGUUACAUUGUACGCUGGUACUUAAGAUACUCCUAUUGCUACAAUGAAGUCUUCAAUUUUGGGGAUGAACAGGCUAAUAUAUAUUUUCAAAGCAUUUCAGAACAACAUCCAGGUUGGGCAGGAUACUACGCUAUGUCUGAACUCUCCUUCCCCAAUUGCAGUGAGCUCCUCAAGCCACAGAAUUUCUACAGUGAAUUUGUUCAUCCAGUCCUCUUAGGCAGUAAAGAGGAUGGGAAAGAGAAUGGAACAAACACUACUGUAGUAGAGAAUUUUGCAAUGAAUGCUGUAAUGCAAACAUGGCAAGAUGGGCCAUAUAUCUUUAUUCUAAAGGUUGAUAGUUUACCUUCAAAGGAUGGAGUGAAUACUAAAGGAACACAUGAAGAAUUGCCAAAUGUUAUGGCUCCUUCGGAUCAACCCAAAGCACCAUUAAUCAUGACUGUGGAAGUGAUUGGACCAUAUGAAUACCUUUCUCUAGCAGAUUAUCCUCUUAUGACUUUCUUCAUGGUGAUGUGUAUUGUAUAUGUGUUGUUUGGCAUUCUGUGGUUUGCAUGGUCAGCCUGCUACUGGCGGGAUCUCCUAAGGAUACAGUUUUGGAUUGGUACAGUUAUCUUACUUGGAAUGUUGGAGAAAGCUGUAUUUUAUGCAGAAUUCCAGAAUAUUCGCUAUACAGGAAAAUCCGUCCGAGAGGCACUGAUCCUGGCUGAGCUACUUUCGGCAUUGAAACGUUCCCUUGCUCGAAUUCUUGUUAUCAUAGUGAGUCUGGGAUAUGGCAUAGUGAAACCUCGCCUGGGAGUUACUCUUCAUAAAGUAAUUGCAGCUGGAGCCCUUUAUUUGUUAUUUUCUGGCAUGGAAGGGGUCCUCAGAGUCACCGGGUCUUUCCAUGGUGUUACAGCCGCUGUAGCUAACUUCGGACUGUCUAUCAUUGACUCCUGUAUUAUUUAUUGGAUAUUUAUCAGUUUAACUCAAACAAUGAAACUGCUGAAGCUUAGGAGGAAUGUUGUGAAGCUUUCUCUUUACCGGCACUUCACCAAUACACUCAUCUUGGCAAUAGCAGCAUCUAUUGUUUUUAUCAUCUGGACAACUUUGAAAUUCAGAUUGAUGGACUGUAAAUCGGAUUGGCAAGAGCUAUGGGUUGAUGAUGCCAUCUGGCGGCUGUUAUUCUCAAUGAUUCUUUUUGUCAUCAUGAUUCUUUGGAGGCCAUCUGCCAACAACCAGCGGUUUGCUUUUUCACCAUUGUCUGAAGAAGAUGAAGACGAUGAACAGAAAGAGCCAAUGCUGAAAGAGAGCUUUGAGGGCAUGAAAAUGAGAACUUCAAAACAAGAAUCAAAUGGAAAUCCUAAAACCAACAAAGCACAAGAAGAUGAUUUGAAAUGGGUGGAAGAAAAUGUUCCUUCUUCUGUGACUGAUGUGGCUCUGCCAGCAUUACUGGAUUCAGAUGAGGAAAGAAUGAUCACACACUUUGAAAGAUCCAAAAUGGAAUGAAAGAUGAAACAACUUGCAGCAGAAGUUGUCUUACUGCUUGAGAAAGGAAGAAACCUUGUCUAUCUGGCAAUGUUCCAGUGCUGCUUUCUCUGAUACGUUCCAUGAAUUUUGGAACCACUGAUUAUUAUCAGAGGGAAUUUUUUUGAGAGGUCAGCAUGGAGGGAAUUUCGGUCAUGAAAAGAUUUGCAUUUGCACUGUUUGCUGCCAGUGUGUUAUUUAAACUAUGGAAAUGUAUUUCAUUGCAACAAAUUCUUUUAAAGUAUUUAAGUUAAAACAAUUUAACAAUUGGCAGAGCAACUUUUAAUUCAAUACUAGAUCUAAAUCCCAUGAUUUAACUAUAAGGGGUUGGGAGAAAAUAAAAAGUUUCUUUGAGCCAGUAAGGAUGAACCAUGUGCAGAAGUUUCUUCAAACAAGCAAAAAGUGACCUCUGCUUGUAGAUAAUUUCCAGCAUGGCGUAUUCAGUAAGAUGUUGCACUUACCUCCAGUAUCCAUUACUUGAGACUGUAAAUGGGGGGUCGAUUCCUAUAUCCAUCCACUUUUCCUGGAGGACUUGACACUGUCAUAGCUGACAGAAACAUCAUCCCAUCUGUAAAAGUGCUUUGCAUACAAAAACAUGUAUGCAACACCAUCGUGUGAGAAAUCUGUGAAUCAGGAUCAGUGCCUUUUCUCUUAGAAGCAGUAGCUAUUUAUUGUCUGAAGAUUCUGCUGUCCGGCUAGGAAAACCAAGAGAGUUUUUCAAGGAGAACUUUUGCUUAUGGAAAACUCCAAUAGAAAUAUUUGGGAGAAAUUAUGAUGCUUAAUAUUUUUUAGCAAAAUUAAAUGCACUUUUUUCAUUCCACAGCAUAGAAAAAUAUUUUAAAUUUAAUGUUUUUAAAAGCAAUUAUUACUUAAUCCCAGGUUUAUUGCUAUCUCAUUGCUGGCAAUGAGAUCUGAGCAUGAGCAGUUAACCAUUUGAAUUGGAACAAUAAUUGAAUGAAAACACCAUUGAACAUCAUAGCACUUACCAACUAUAUUUCCAUGUUAAAAUUAUUUAUGCUAGGUUUAUUGAGCCCAAAAAGAUUUGAGCCACAGAUUCAUAAGGUCAAACAGAACCUAUCAGCCAUGAAUUGUGGUACUAUAACUUGUCAAAAGCCUUUUUGAUUUGAAAUUACUUGUAAGUGGCAAAUUCCAGUUGGGCUAUUUUGACUUUAAAUUGUUACAUUUAUUUGUUUAACCUAUGCUCAAUUUGCUUGGGUGAGAACUUUGUAGAAAGUAGUUAUAAAUGGGAAAUAUUCUGUUUUGCAGUUCUUAAGUGGCAUUCCUCAUUGCUUCCAGUGCUUCUGCUGGUGUAGUGGGGCUGAAAUCCCACCCCAAUACACCAGCUUUUUAAUACUCCUGAAGUACCAGUCUUCUAAGGCCAAUGAGAUAUUUAAAAUAGCGACUUACAGCCACCUGUUCACUGCUUCUAGAUAAAACCAUAGCCAAAGCUUACAGAAGAAGAGAUUUUUCUGAGCUGUUUCUUCAGAUCUGGAGCUGGCUGUGAUGCACAAGAAAAAUGCAGACUAUAAUGUGGCAGCUCAGUCCUCAAGUCACUUUAACCAAAGGCCAGAAGGAUCUUGUUACAGUAUGGUAUCAGUAGCUUCAUUACCUUCACAGUUCUUGUACAUCCUACCUCCCUUCCAACUAUUAUCUACACCAAGAGACAUUUUUAACAGUUGUAUAAUUAUAUUUAGAUACUGAAAUACUUGAGAGGUUUUUUUAAAAAAAGAGGCUAUCAAGAAACCUGACCCUGUUACUGGAUGGAUAAACAAGUGUUGCAACAGAAACAGAUUCAGGUUAACCUAAUGACAAAUACUCUUCUGGAAUAAUUUAUGCAAGUAUGUGUAUUGGACCUUUCUUUCCAAUUGCCUAGUGAAGUGCAAAAUAAGGUAUUUUUUUUUAACCUUUAAAUUGUGUUUUUCUAAGUUUAGUGCCAAAACACGAGUCCUACAGAUAUUUGAUAUAGUCAUUUCUUCUGGAAAAACUGGAAUUGGGUUUUCACAUGGAAUUUACUACUGGCUUAAUUCUGCUUCCCGAAUGUGUUUUGUUGUACUUACAAUGUAUAUAAGUGGUUUGAUAAAUAGGGUGUCCUCUGUCUUACAGGAACUUUUUCAUUUGAUUCAGCAGAUUUAUGUUCUGUAUAAUAAAAUUAUUUUUGCCUUUAAA